AUGGAUCACACCAGCAUAUCAAGCGAGCUGCUCGAAGUCUUGAAAGCAUUCAACACUAUUCUGCUUGAUGACAGUCUUUUCCACACCUCCUUAGGCAUCCCAAAAUCCUCCUGGACCGAUGAACUUGGCAGGCUGCGGGUAUGGGCUGCAAACAUUGGCGCUCAUCAAAAGGGCCAUUCGUCCCUGGACUACCGUCUGAGAGAUGCUUCACAUAUCAAGACACAGAUCGUCAACUUGCUGCGCAGUUUCAAGAGGGCACUUCGAGACCUUGAAGAAGUCCUCACGGCAUUAAGCAGAAAAGAGCCACUGGCCGAAGAGGAUGCUAAGGGUAGGGAUGAGAAUAUGGACGAGGAUGAUGCCACAGCCGAGGUUGAAGACAUUUUCCUUCACAUCACUGAAGUAAUCUCAAAUCUCUAUCGAUUGUCUAUGCUUGUCAGGCAGCCGAGUCAGCAGGACCGCCUUCUGAGGUACCGGAAAGAUGAUGCCCUUGGGUAUGAGCCAUUCGACAGACAGCACGUACUGGAGAAACUCCCCAAGGCCGAUUCUUCGGUGAUCGAUAGAUUGGGGACGGCCAUUUCCAACCGACGUCGAGAUCUCAAAGGUCUUGAGAGGCACAGGGCCAAAUUGGCCAAAGGCAUCAGUCAUGCUCACCUGGACCAUCAUGACGGGGUGUCCACCGUUAUGUCUGGGACUUUGGCCACAGAGUACAAGGAGGAAGAUGGAACCGCACGACUAGAGGCUGAGUCUGUGGGCGGAGAAUCUGCAGCCUCAUCUGCUUCGUCUUUCCUGGCAGAUGGCCAGCGCAUCAAAAUCCCUCCGCCGCCUCUAGGCUACGGGAGUGAGCAAUUCUUCGAAUGUCCAUAUUGCUUCCUCAUCACAACCGCGGAUAGCAGACAAUCAUGGGCCCGUCAUGUGUUUCGAGACCUGAGGCCCUAUCUCUGUGUAUUCCCUGAUUGUUCAACCCCAUCCCAGCUGUACGAUCGACGGCGAGACUGGUUCCUGCAUCUGCAGACGAAUCACUUGCGCGCUUCCACCCCAAUUGCAGUCGCCACGUGCCCAUUGUGUGGAGAGAAUGAAUUGCUGCACAAACAAUUGAAACAUCAUCUUGCAAUACAUCUGGAGGAACUUGCACUAUUUGCCUUACCGCGCGACAUACAGGAUGACGAAGAUGAUGAUGAUGCUACAGAGGACGAUCGGGUUCCAGCUUGGAUGUCUGAACCCUUCGGCAUCAUACAUGAAGUUGCAAGAAGACUCGAGGAAGAGCGGCUUUGCCCUGAAGAAAGCUCUCGUAGGGGCAAAGAAAGCCACCACCGCGACCACCAGUAUAUCUCAGACUGA